AUGCAGGCAUUCCUCAGAGAAUCAUAUAACCCAUCUGCGCACCGUGAGGCGCCCUCUUCAGGCUAUAUCUUCAGCCUCCCGAUUCUCAGCCAACUUGGAAUCAUGUUACCCCGUUACCUUCUUUUAGAAGGCGUGUCUGUUGAUUGGACUGCUAGAAUUAAUCAGCUGGACCUGGGUAAACUGAAGGACCAUAUAACUGAAACACCGCCCAUCGUUCUUCUGGUCUCUGGAAGCAGUCAGGAUCAGCAAGUUAGGUUUGGUCUCUUCUAUCCCAAAGGAUCUGUCGAGGAAGAAAGGCCUUGUAUAUUUCAAUUAGAGCCCGUGCACCGUGUUCUUCGGACCCCGUCUUCAAAAAAGGAAAAUGUCUCGAUCCAGGUUGAUUUGGACAAGAAUAAGAACCCAAUUUUAGCAGCUUUGAUCACCUGGAAGAGGGAAUCAUCUAUUGCCUAUGAGCCAGACGGGGAGGGUUCAGCCUUGAUUGGCAGGCUCGCCAUUGAGUAUGACACGAUGAGCCUUGUUGUGAGUGAGGAAGGGCUUGGUCGCUUUACAGUGCAGAGGGAGAACUAUCCCAAGAUCGAUGAACAUUUUCGUGUUGAUGUGGUUGAACUUCUCAAGUGUGACCAUCAAAGAGUUUUUGUGGGGGACUUUGAUUAUUGA